GGCUGGCGGGACCAGCGCCCGCCUAGGAGGGAGCCAGUCCGAGCCUGGCACCCUGGGGCCCAUGAACAGCGGGGCCGCAGGGACGCUGGCCGUGGGGAGAGUGAAAUUCUUCGGCCAGCACCGUGGGGAGGUCAACUCCUCUGCCUUCUCUCCUGAUGGCCAGAGGCUGCUCACAGCCUCUGAAGAUGGCUGUGUGUAUGGCUGGGAGACGCAGAGCGGGCGGCUGCUGUGGAGGCUAGGUGGCCAUGCAGGCCCUGUCAAGUUCUGCCGCUUCUCCCCUGAUGGCCGCCUGUUUGCCACUACCUCUGGUGACUGUACUAUCCGCCUGUGGGAUGUAGCAGAAGCCAAGUGUCUGCAUGUCCUGAAAGGUCACCAGAGGAGCGUGGAGACAGUCAGCUUUAGCCCGGACUCAAAACAGCUAGCAUCGGGUGGCUGGGACAAGCAGGUGGUGCUCUGGGAGGUGCAGUCUGGCCAGAUGCUGCGCCACUUAGGAGGGCACCGAGACUCUGUCCAGAGCAGUGAUUUCGCACCCAGCUCAGACUCCUUGGCCACUGGCUCCUGGGACUCUGCUAUCUGCAUCUGGGACCUGCGGAUGGAGACCACAGUGACCCACCAAAAGCUGGAAGGCCACAGUGGCAACAUCAGCUGCCUGUGCUACUCAGCAUCCGGCCUCCUGGCUUCUGGCUCCUGGGACAAGACCAUCCACAUCUGGAAGCCUUCCACCAAAAGCCUGCUUGUUCAGCUCAAGGGCCAUGUCACCUGGUUGAAGAGCAUAGCUUUCUCCCCUGAUGGAUCACAGUUAGCCAGCGCUGGCUACUCCCAUAUGGUAAAAGUCUGGGACUGCAACACAGGAAAGUGCAUUGAGACCCUGAAGGGAGUCCUGGAUGUGGCCCAUGCCUGUGCCUUCACCCCGGACGGGAAACUCUUAGUGUCUGGAGCUGCUGAUCAGGCAAGAUACCACGUCCGCUGCAGGUCAAAUCACCCAGAGCCUCCACAUAUAACGUCACCAUAAAUGGCUCUCAGAUCCCAAGCCGGUCUCUCCCUGCCCAGGGCGCAUGGGACCUGGCAGAACAAGCCCCUGAAAGGACAGUAAGGGAAGCGGCACACCAUGGACCCGAAGUAACCAGAACAGAGCUCCCAAGAGAUCCCUGUGGUCAGGACUGUCAUGGUCCCACGCUGGGGCUGCCAACAGCCACAGGCAGGCCCGCCAAACCACCCCCUCCAGGCCCCUAAUAACCAUAACCAGGGCAUAUCAGCCCACCUCUCCAGCACGGUUCGCUGAAACACCCACAAACACGAAGCAAUG